AUGACCAUGGAUGAUGUUGAACCUAUGGUUGAACACACCUUAACACCGGGAACACUUACACCCCUUCCAGCCAACAUGACUGAGGGCCUGGGCAGCGGCGGCAAUGAGGGCGGCGACUUGUACAAAGACCCUCUCCUGUACCAGACAGUUCUGGCCUACGUGCUCCUGGCCGUCACCGGCUGCGGCCUGGUGCUCAACGGAGUCGUGCUGUACAUCGUCGUCCGUCACCGCGACAUGCACAAAGUCACCAACUUCUUCUUCGCCAAUCUGGCCCUCACGGACUUCCUUCUGCUGAUGCUACACGCCUCUACGUCCUCGCUGGAGAUGCUUGGGUAUUAUUUCGCGGUCCAGUUGGGCUGCUCCACGGUUCAAUACAGCAGAUACGUUGUGGCCCAGGUCACGUGCCUGACCCUGGCUCUCAUGUCAUAUGACCGGUACCGAGUGGUGGUCCAUCCUCUGAGCUCACUGAACAGUCGGAAGCGAUUGAGAUCCAUGAUGGCGGCCAUUCUCGGCAUUUGGAUCAUCUCGUUUGCUCUCCACCUUCCAGUGGCCAUCUUCUCGGUCAAUUCCUUCGGUAUAACCUGUUCGAUCAUCUUCACCUGGAAGUACGGCCCUAAGAUGUUCUUCACCUACACCGUGGUGGUCCUGUAUGUCCUCCCACUUGCCAUCGCGACAGCCUGCUAUAUUCUGAUCUGGUUGCACCUGCGGCAGCAGCCAUCUCUGGGCGCCUUCGCUCCAGGAUCUCACCAGAGCCAGCGGGGUCGCCGCAUGCAGACGACCCUCUGCGCGAUCAUCCUCGUGGUCGUCAUGUUCGCCGUGAGCUGGUUUGGCGAGCACCUCUUCAUCCUGCUGAUUGUGUGGCACCCGCAGAUUGACUUCUGGUCGAACGGAUACCGGAUCGGGGCGGCCACCGCCAAGCUCACCAUCUACCUGAACAGCAUGCUAAAUCCAGUCGUGUACCCACUGGCAGGGACCGGUUUCAGGCGACACCUUCCGUCUUGCGGCCGCUGCUGCAAGGGCCGGCCGGACGGUGAGAGCAGUGGAUUGGGGCUGCAGGCUGCUAACACAUCCCGAACCACACACACAAGAAGGCCCUAAAAGGGCAGUGCCCUUGGCGCCUUCGUUGCAAGUGCCGAAC